CUUGACGAGAAAUAUAUCUUUAUAUAUAUAUUAUAACACGCCUUUUAAACUUUGGAUAAACGAACAAUACGAACGAAAUAAGGCGCACAUACACAUACACACACAUAUACACAGAGCUUAAAUGACCGACCCAGCAUCAGAGUACUCUUUACCUGGUGUACUACACUUCCUACAGGCUGAAUGGAGACGAUUCGAACGUGAGAGGAAUGAAUGGGCCAUUGAACGAGCAGAAUUCAAGGCUCGCAUUGCACUAUUGGAAGGUGAACGAAGAGGUGUAGAGAAUCUGCGAAUGGAUCUGAUGAAACGAGUAAAGAUGUUGGAAUAUGCAUUAAGACAAGAAAGAAAGAGACAUCUCGGGACAACCAAAUCAUCCACGAUAAACUCAUCUUCUCCAGCAAUUAGCCACGCAACUACAACUACAACUACAACUACAGCAGCUACUGAUCCUACAAUUGGCUUGAGUUCUGAAGCUAAAUCCCACUCUGAUACCAAGUUGCGAGAAAAGAGUCAGGAUGUUCUCAAAUCAUGUUUACAAGAAAUCAAUUACUUGCUAUCUAUGCCAACCAAAUUCUCUCUUUCUCACUCUACUACAACCUCAUCUUCUUCCUUAUCCGAGACACCAUCCCGGACAAGUUCCGUCCGGCGCGUAACAAAACCAACUUCUUCGCCUACUUUGCAUGCUAC